CCUGCAACGGGCAGAGCAACAGUGGCCAAGCACCAGUCAAGUGUAAUACAUUGGUGUGUCAUCACCAAGCUGCACAGCUUUAUCUUAUUUCAGUCGCAGGCCGAGAGCGCUUCAGAGUUCUCUUGUGGUCUUUACCUGUAAUAUUCAACUCUUAUAAACGAUGACUGAAUGAAUGACUCCAAGUUGUCCGCAUCGUACUCGCAGUCAGCCGCCGACCUGUGGAGACAACAAACCACUUUACUGGCCGACAAUCUCAAACAGAAAAAUACAGCACACAAAUACGGAGUUGUUCUCCUGUUCCAGCUCGAUCUCACUUGUCAAAUCGAUUUUCAUUUUUAUAGGCAGAAUAUCACCGAUGUUCCUCUUUGCAAUCUGCGCGGCAUUGUGAUGAGUUUGCUUUGUAACACGACCCUUCACACCUCGAGCUCUAUCGCAGCAGGUGAAGUAAACUUGGCCAGGAGGCGCACAAAGGAUCCGCCCAUCUCACUCUCUGGUCACGUGAUCCUGCGUAUCUCCAGUACUAGCGGCUGACUACGUACAAAUAAACAUUGUAUUUUGUCUCGAGCGCCGAGGAGAGUAAAUUAAGUGUUUCCCAUAUAUUCAUAUUAAACUAACUUCAGGUGUUCAAACAGGGCCUGUCCAGAAGGCGAGACCUCGGGAGGAGGGAACGAGAGUGACGGCGAGCCCGUCGGAAAAGUCGACACAGCAUAAAGUAGCUAACAGUUAUAUCGUGGGUUGGGGCCCUUCGUAACUACCGAAUGCCACUGCUGAGUAGCACAAGAUGGGACCACAUCAUAAAAUAAUGCCGGACAGAGUGGUUGUGCAAGUUUCAACAGACCAGAAAACGGUUGUUGGAUGCUAAUUCACAGCAUCCAAACGCUGUAGUAAUGUUUCGACAAAAUUCUUGGGGAACAGACUUGACAAAGUGAGCCGCAGACACAGGAGCAAAGAGAACAAUGUGGAAAGCAGCAGUGUCGGUGCUCCUGCUGCUAAACAUGGCUGUGCAGGUGAAUGGUGCCGGAGAUAAGACGAGGGGUUCUGUGGCAGAAUACCCCGGGCCGGAGAAGAAGGUGAAGGCAGGAGAGGCUACUUCUGCAGGUUUCCUGGGCAACUUGCUGGUGGUUCCCAUGGAUGGGAGUCACUGGGUGGGUGUGAAGGCCAUUGCCCAAGAAAUGGGUCGCCGUGGCCACAGGGUCACCGUGGUCAUUCCAGAGAUCAGCGUACGGAUGGGUCCAGGGAAGCACUACGACACCGUGACCUUUCCUGUUCCUUAUGACAAGGCUUUUAUUGAUUAUGUCUUGUCCUCAAACAAGGACGCGAUCCAAAAAUCUGCCCAGACUUUUACGGAGAAGAUAACGACAAAACUCUCAAAAAUAAAGAGGAUUUCAGGUUUUAUCCACAUCACGGCCGAGAGCCUACUGUUCAAUGACAGUCUGAUCUCACAUCUGGCAGAGCAGAACUUUGAUGCCGUCCUUACAGACCCCAUGGUUCCCACAGGCUCAUUAAUAGCUCGUAAGCUAGGUAUCCCCACUAUAAAUCUGAUGCGGGGAAUUCCAUGUGGCUUGGAUAUGAAGUCUGCAGGCUGCCCCUCCCCGCCGUCAUAUGUGCCCCGCUUCUUCACCAGAUACACAGAUAAAAUGAGCUUCAAGGAGAGAACGAUCAACACUUUGGUGGCUUUUCUGGAGCCGCUGCUAUGCCGACUGAUAUACUGGUACUUUGAUGAAAUAGCCUAUCGGUUCCUGGGAGAAGAAAUCGGCAUCGCUGAAGUGCUGUCAGACUCUGCUAUCUGGCUGAUGAGGAUGGACUUCACCCUGGAUUACCCGCGCCCAAUUACGCCAAAUGUGGUACUAGUUGGUGGAAUCAACUGCAACGUGAGACAUCCUCUGCCCGAGGAUUUGGAGUCUUGGGUGUCAGGAGAACAUGGUUUUGUAGUGUUCACUCUGGGCACCAUGGUGUCAGAUCUGCCAGAAGAGACAACCGCCGUCUUCCUGGAUGCCUUCAGACAGAUUCCACAGAAGGUAAUAUGGAGGUACACUGGGAAGGUUCCUGACAGUGUUCCAGAGAAUGUGAAGUUGAUGAAGUGGGUGCCUCAGAACGACCUGCUAGCACAUUCCGGAGCUCGGGCCUUCAUCACUCACGCUGGCUCACACGGGCUCUUUGAGGGACUGUGUCAUGCUGUUCCCAUGGUGAUGGUGCCACUUGGUGGAGACCAGCCAGACAACGCCGAGAGAUUUGCGAGCAGACAAGUCGGAGUGGUGUUGGAUAUUUUUUCGAUCACCACAGAAAGCCUUGUUCAGGGACUGAACGAGGUCAUCAAUGACACCAGGUAUAAAGAGAACAUACAGAAGCUGUCGGCUCUCCAUAAAGACCGGCCAGUUGACCCACUCGACCUUUCAGUGUACUGGACAGAAUAUGUGAUGCGGCACAAAGGAGCAAAACAUCUCAGAUCGGCUGUCCAUGACCUUAACUGGCUCCAGUACUUCUGUCUGGAUGUAAUAGUACUGCUGGCUACUGUAGUGCUGUUUUUUGUAAUACUGUCAGUACAAUGCUUGAAACUAUUCAUCAGGAAACUGGGCAGGAAGAGGAAGCAGGACUGACCGGGUGAUACAAUCGAUCCUUCGUCUCAGCAAUAACACUGUAUGUCAAGGGAGAUUAAAACCCCAUCACUGUGGUUGAAAUAGGAACACAAAGUUAAGUUGGUUGUGGUUUAAAGAUGUGACAGGAUGCACGAAGAACAAGAGAAAACAUGGGGUGAUCACAAAAACAUUUAAUGAACAGGAAAUACAGAAUAUUAUUAGACUCCAGACUCUGGGGACAACGAUGAGCAUUAGUGGCCGCCCUUCUUGGGUGGGAACAGGGCGUACUCGACAGCCAGAGCAACGGUAAAGGCAGCAAAGCCCCACUUGAAUCCUCUCAGCAGCACAUCAGACAGAGUCACAGCACGGGCGAAGCCGCCGGAGUAUCUCCAAGCCUCGUUGCUGCAGAGUCCAGAGUGGCGGCAACAGGAGAGAAAGAUAGGGUGCAGGGUCAGGAAUAAGAUAAGAUGACUUAAACAUCCAUGAUAUCUCAUGUAGCUAGAAGUACUGACCGUGCCCAUGGAUCCUUGAGGCCCCUGGCUGCCAGUCUCUGCUUGGUGAACUCCAGUGGCGUUCCCUGCACCUUCCACUGCCGCCAGUCUGGCAUGGACAUCUUGUUGUGGCCGUGGUCACCUCCCAUGCUGAAAACAUAUACAGAUAUAUGCAAUUAUACAUAAUAACCUCCCUGACGUUAUAAUUUGUGUUUUAAAUUUGAGAAAUCUACAGCUUUGAGUAAAAACAAAGCAAAGUGAAGAUAUGAGUCUCGCAAUAAUACAUAUUAUGUCCAUAUCGCAUAAAGUCUCUUGAAUCCAGGCGUAAACAUAAUUGCCCCCGAUGUAUAAGUGAUAUCGGCUUAUUCUUUGGUUUCUAUUUUUGUUUUGUGUCUAACUUGUGUCAAAUUUCUUUUAGUGUAAAGGGUUGUGGACAUGUCAUUCAAAUAUUGUUUUGGUGAUCAAUGCCAAGUGUUCAUUUUGGCCAAAGCUGAAGCAAUAUGAAAAUAUAAUCAUCUGUGAUAAUUUAAAAAAAUCUCAUACAUAAAAAUGUAAAGAUACACAACUUCAUUGUACUUUAAUACAUGUUAAUGUUCAUUGUAUAAGCCGAGGUAUGAAAACCUAUGUCUCUGGUUAUUACAGUGAUAUUACAGGGAGGUGGAUGCAUUUAGCUCCUGUUUGUAUGGAAGUUAAUGUCGAAGUAGGCUGCCGUCUAUUGUAAAUACAAGUCCACUUUAUACUUCUAAACACAUACCCUGGGUAUUUUACUUUUCUCAGGACGCACAACUAUUCACAAUGUGUUUGUUUUUUUACACUCAAAGUAUUACAACAUAACACCUCAUUUGAUCCACUAACGUGACAUCAUCCCUGGGAGGCCAAUUGCUCCAAAACUGCUUAGGAUGGUACAUGACGAUUAUAAUAACGUUUAAAGUGGAUGACACGAGAGGAAUGUUUUAUAAUAAACCUUAUUCAUUGUACUUAUUUAUUUUAGCUUUGUAUUUGUUUUAGUAUCGUUGAGACCAUGGAUACAAACCACCGGUUAAUCAAACCCUGGCACAAUCAUCCACGUUGAGACAGCUUUGUUACCCGUGUGCUGUUUCUA